GAGUUUAGCCAACGAUUGCAUAACAAGUCAUAAUUGAUGUGUAUUUUAGUGAUAAAGUUAUAACACGAUUGACAACAACAUUGAAAUACAGCGCUCUAUGACUGAUGUGUUUCUGUAUUAACUAAUAGUGCCAUCAAUUCAUACAUUUUGUCAUUAAUUAAAAGUAUUUAUUAAUUUAGUUGUAAUUGUUUUUAAUUAGUUUUGUUUUCUCGCAGUUAAAGCAGUGUUUCAUAUAUUGUGUUCACAUUAUAUACAAACCACUCGUUGAGUGAAUGCAAAGCUUUACUCAACACAUCUCUUCCACAACUCGUACCGCAUAUUCACCACUCAUUUGUCAUUCAAUUAAUUAUAUGAUUAAAACGGAUAACAAUUUAAUAAUACAAUUAUAUUCAAGUCUAAUAGAAAUCUCAUCAAUAGUUAGCUUUUAUGACACGUUUUUAUUAUUUUAAAAUUAGGCAUAAAUUAUUGGGUUUUCAAUCCAUUCGCUAAAUCAUCACUUUUUUGUCCGCAAUUUAUUUAAUAAUAAUUUUUUUAAAAAUAAUUGAUUUGCAAAACAAAAGCAUCGCUUGUUUUGCUUGUGUUGUGUCCACACUAUUGGGCGGCUAAUCGUGCGAUCAGUCAAUCGGCGGAUCAGUUGCGGCGAUGAGGCGGUGGUUAUCGCGGUGUCACCACUAUUUGGUGGCUCUGAGGCCGUGGUCUUUCUCGGCAUCGCUAACACCCGUACUGUUGGGCUCUGUUCUGGCCUACAAGACGUCGGACGCCUUCUCGUUGGUCACACUAUUGGCCACUUUGUUGACUGUGGUGUCGGUUCACGCGGCGGGCAAUUUGGUCAACACGUACUGCGAUUUCAUGAAAGGCAUCGACUCUAAGCGCCGGUCCGACGACAGGACUUUAGUCGACUCCAUACUGACCCCCGAGGAAGUGGUCAACUUAGGUGUCAUAUUCUACAUAAUCGGUUGCAUAGGCUUUGUUGUGGUAGUGUUCGUAAGUCCGGCCCGAAUGGAACUGUUGGCUCUCGUCUACUUCGGAGGCAUCUCUUCCUCGUUUCUAUACACCGGAGGAAUUGGUCUCAAAUACAUAGCGUUGGGCGACGUUAUCAUAAUCGUCACCUUCGGGCCGAUGUCUGUCCUCUACUCUUUCAUCGCGCAAACCGGAACCAUAGAUCUAAUCACAUUGAUGUACGCCAUUCCUCUGGCGCUGAACACGGAAGCGAUUCUCCACUCGAACAACACCCGUGACAUCGACUCGGAUCGUAGGGCCGGUUGUGUGACUCUGGCUGUACUUAUAGGACAGUCCGCGUCUCACGUGCUCUUCGCUCUCCUUCUAUUCAUACCAUACAUCUUGUUUUGUGUCCUCAGUAUUCGGUACUCUCUGUGGCUGUUAUUGCCGUUAAUAACCAUCAGAAAGGCUUUCGAGUUGGAGAAGCAGUUCCGGAGCGGAAAUCUGCGGCAUUUGCCGCGACUGAUGGCCAAACUGAACCUGUAUUUCGGUAUUUUCUAUUUGAUCGCCUGUUGUCUCUCCAGUCCUAAACAGUUGCCGGGAAUUAAUCGUGUAAUCAAUUGA